UCUGAAAUCUUUGCGAUCGCUUUAAUUCUGAUAAAAAUAAAAAAGACGAUUGAAAUAUCUUUUGCUUUAUUACUCGUUAUCACCUAAAUGGAUGCUCAAAUCAAUUAAUGCGAAAAAUGACGAGGUUCAUCUUCGAGGCUUCAUUCAUCGUCAAUAAGUCAAGUGAACGAGUUGAAAUUUAAAGUUAAUUACAGUUAAUUAGUGAUAUUUUUCGUUCUGCCAAAAAUGAAAACCAAAAAUUCAACCAAGCCGGAUAACCAUAAAUUUAAACUUAAAUUUUGGAAAACACUUUUCUUUCUUUAUGUUCACACAUUCAUUCCGUGGUUGUUUUAUAUUUUUUAUUACUUAUACUGUUACCCAGAAGAGAUUCACAACUUUGUGAUACUUACCAUAUUCAGUGCUAUUUACGCCUAUUCUUUAGCUGGCCUUGGUGUGACUGCUGGUGCUCAUCGUUUUUGGUCUCACAAGUCUUAUAAAGCAAAGUUACCAUUGCGUAUAUUCCUUGCCAUUGCUUUUGAUGCUUCUGGUCAACAUGAUUUGAUUAGUUGGGUCACAGACCACCGACUUCAUCAUAAGUAUUCCGAGACUGAUGCCGAUCCCCAUAAUGCUCGACGAGGUUUCUUUUUUUCUCACAUUGGCUGGCUCUGUGUCAAAAAACAUCCAGAAUAUUUGAAAAAAGCUCCAACGGUUGAUCUAUCAGACCUUUAUGAUGAUCCCGUAGUGGUCUGGGAAAGAAGGUUAUAUUAUUUCACCUCCUUUACUACAGUGGUGAUAAUUCCAAUUGCUAUUCCUUACUAUCUCUGGUCUAUACCCUUCUGGCAGUGCUAUUUUAUAGCAGGUAUACGAUAUCUGGUUGUGAUGCAUAUAACAUUUGCAGUCAAUUCAGCCGCUCAUCUUUGGGGAUCAAGACCCUACGAUAGAAAUAUCAAUCCUGCUGAACAAGAUAUUUGCAAAUGGUUCAUGAUUGGUGAAUUUUAUCACAAUUUCCAUCACACAUUUCCUCGAGAUUAUAAAGCUUCGGAGUGGGGUUGGAUGCAAUUAAAUAUUGCAGCGAUGUUUAUUGAACUGAUGGCGCUAAUUGGACAAGCAUAUGAUCUGCAAACAACCCCUCGGAGUGUUGUUGUUGCCCGUAAAAAGCGAACUGGUGAAGUUACUGGGAAUUAGUGACGGAUCAUUAAUCAUAAUGAAAAAUUGAAUCUUUGUAUUAUUAACACGUACCUCGAGAUCAAUCGAGAUUGUAAAUUGAUUAAUCUUCAAGUUAUUAUUAGAUCUUUGGAAUGAAAAAAUAAUCAAAUAAAUUAUAUAUCAAGUAUA